AUGAGUGGGGGAAGAGUGCGGACGACUACUUUAGUUGACACAGGGAAAAAUAUGUCCCCUAGCAACAAUGGAGGAAUUAGAAUUACUCGAGAUAAAGAUGGUAGCAAAGUAACUAGUGUUUUGGCCACAACUGCCUCGUACCCUGAUCAAACUGAAGAGAUAAGUUAUUGUGACACUAAAGUUAUUGGAAAUGGCUCAUUUGGUGUUGUAUAUCAAGCAAAAAUUGUUGAUAGCACUGAUAUGAUAGCAAUUAAAAAAGUACUUCAAGAUAAACGUUUUAAAAACAGGGAGUUACAGAUAUGGCGUAAACUGGAUCAUUGUAACAUUGCAAAACUGCGUCAUUUUUUUUAUACUAAUGGAGAAAAAAAAGAUGAAGUUUAUUUGAAUCUUGUUAUGGAUUAUAUGCCUGAGACUGUAUAUAGAGUUGCAAGACACUAUACAAAAAACAGACAAACUAUUCCAAUAAUAUAUAUAAAGUUAUAUGUUUAUCAGUUGUUCCGCGCUUUAGCUUACAUACAUUCUCUUGGUGUCUGUCAUAGAGAUAUAAAACCUCAAAAUUUAUUGCUUAAUCCAGAUUCAGGCGUUCUCCAGUUAUGUGACUUUGGAAGUGCAAAAGUUUUAAUACCUGGAGAGCCUAAUGUAGCAUAUAUUUGUUCAAGAUAUUACAGAGCACCAGAGCUUAUCUUUGGAGCCACUGAUUAUACAGUAAAUAUAGAUACUUGGUCAGCCGGUUGUGUCUUGGCUGAGUUGUUACUAGGCCAACCUAUUUUUCCUGGUGAUAGUGGUGUUGAUCAAUUAGUCGAAAUUAUCAAAGUUCUUGGUACUCCCACCAGAGAACAGAUUCGUGAAAUGAAUCAACAUUAUACAGAAUUCCGUUUUCCUCAAAUAAAACCCCAUCCUUGGUCUCGGGUUUUUCGUGCAAAAACGCCAAGCGAUGCUAUUAGCUUGACUUCGCAAUUAUUGGAGUACACUCCAAGCAGUCGGUGUUCUCCAUUAGAAGCCUGUGCUCAUCCUUUUUUUGACGAAUUGCGCGUUGAAGGAGUACGAUUACCAAAUAACAAAGAAAUGCCUAAACUGUUUAACUUUUCGGCGCAAGAAUUAUCUUCAAAACCGAGUUUACAGUCCAUACUUAUUCCCGACUUUGUAAAAAAACAUCAGAGUAGCACAAGUCUGGCAAGCUCCUCUUCUACCAUUUCUAAUCAAGUAAAUACUACGGACUCAAAUAAGACAUCAAUCAAUAUUUCAACAGAAGCUUCUUAA